AUGAACAUCUCCGGAUCAGAAUUCCAUUCUGAAUCAGUGCGUGAAUUCAUCCUUCUGGGUUUUCCCUGCAGCAGGGAGAUUCAGGUCGUCCUGUUUUUGCUCUUCUCCAUCAUCUACCUCCUGACCCUCACGGGAAACGGAGCCAUUAUCUGUGCCGUGUGUUGGGACCGGCAUCUCCACACCCCCAUGUACAUCCUGCUGGGGAAUUUUGCAUUCCUGGAGAUCUGGUAUGUCAGCUCCACUGUUCCAAAUACACUGGUCAACUUCCUCUCAGAGACCAAGGCCAUCUCUUUCGUUGGUUGCUUCCUUCAGUUAUAUUUUUUCUUUUCCAUGGGCUCCACUGAGUGCUUCUUUCUCUCAGCAAUGUCGUUUGAUCGCUACGUUGCCAUCUGUCAUCCUCUGCAUUAUGCCAUUAUUAUGACCGGACAACGUUGUUUCAACCUAGUGAUUUCCUGUUGGGUGUGUGGCUUUCUCUGGUAUCUGGUGCCUGUUAUUCUCAUUUCCCAACUGCCUUUCUGUGGCCCUAAUGCAAUUGACCACUUUGUAUGUGACUCAGGCCCAUUGCUGACCCUUUCAUGUGCUCCUGCCCCCAUGUCCAAGCUCACCAGCUACACCCUAAGCUCCCUCAUCAUCCUGCUUAGCUUCCUUUUCAUCCUCAUCUCCUACGCCUUGGUUCUACUUGCUGUGCUUUGGUUGCCCUCAGCAUCCAGUCGACAUAAAGCCUUUUCAACCUGUGGGUCCCAUUUGGCUGUAGUGCUGCUAUUCUACGGGACCAUUAUGGUGAUGCACGUGAGCCCUGGAUCCAGCCACUCCACCUUGAUGCCAAAAAUCAUGACCCUGUUCUAUGCAAUGGUGACUCCACUCAUCAACCCUUUGAUUUACAGUCUCAGGAAUAAGGAUAUGAAAAACGCUCUCUGGAAAGUUCUGGAAAAGUUUAAAAUUUCUUUAAAAGUCUUUGGCAGCAGGCCCAGGACAAAUGUGGAAUAA